AUGGGCCACUUAUCUAUCACCCUCACCUUCAUCUCUUUCCUUUUCCUCUUCCUAACUCGCUCCCACCAACUCGUCCAUGCCGACUCACCAACUCACCCUCCUUACUCCUGCGACACCACCAACCCACUCACCAAAUCCUACACCUUCUGCAACCUCAACCUCCCCAUCACUCAAAGAGCCAAAGACAUCGUCUCAAGACUCACAUUGGAUGAGAAACUCUCCCAACUCGUUAACACAGCUCCCUCGAUCCCUCGUCUCGGUAUUCCGAGUUACCAGUGGUGGAGCGAAGCAUUGCACGGUGUUGCUAAUGCUGGUAAAGGGAUACGAUUAAAUGGAAAUGUUAGUAUUAAAGCUGCAACUAGUUUCCCUCAAGUUAUUCUCACUGCUGCUUCCUUUGAUUCUAAACUUUGGUACCAAAUCAGUAAGGUGAUUGGAACGGAAGCGAGAGGAGUAUACAAUGCGGGACAAGCGGAAGGGAUGACAUUUUGGGCACCAAACAUAAACAUAUUUAGGGAUCCAAGAUGGGGAAGAGGACAAGAAACAGCUGGUGAAGAUCCAUUGGUGAAUUCGAAAUAUGCUGUUUCGUAUGUGAGAGGUCUUCAAGGUGAUUCAUAUGAAGGUGGGGGACUUGUUGGAGAUCGUCUUCAAGCUUCUGCUUGUUGCAAACAUUUCACUGCUUAUGAUUUGGAUCAUUGGAACGGUGUGGAUCGCUUUGUGUUUGAUGCUAAUGUAACUUUGCAAGAUUUGACGGAUACGUAUCAACCACCAUUUCAUAGUUGCAUACAACAAGGUCGAUCUAGUGGAAUAAUGUGUGCUUACAACCGCGUCAACGGUGUUCCAAAUUGCGCCGAUUUCAACCUGUUAACCAAAACCGCAAGACAAAAGUGGAAUUUCAAUGGGUAUAUUACCUCUGAUUGUGCAGCAGUAGCUAUCAUACAUGAUAAGCAAGGUUAUGCAAAAACACCAGAGGAUGCUGUCGCCGAUACACUUCAAGCUGGAAUGGAUGUAGAAUGUGGUGAUUACUUGACAAAACAUGCUAAAUCCGCAGUGUUACAAAAAAAGGUACCGAUAUCACAAAUCGACCGCGCCCUUCACAAUCUAUUCUCCAUUAGAAUUCGACUAGGAUUAUUUGAUGGAAAUCCAACCAAACUCAAGUAUGGAACGAUUGGUCCAAAUCAAGUAUGUUCUAAACAAAACUUAAACAUAGCUCUAGAAGCUGCAAGAAGUGGCAUUGUACUUUUGAAAAACACUGCCUCAAUUCUCCCACUUCCAAAAUCAACAAACUCCAUUGCAAUUAUAGGCCCAAAUGCUAAUUCUACAUCGAAAGUUGUUUUAGGAAACUAUUUUGGAGUUCCUUGUAAUUUGGUAACAAUAUUACAAGGCUUUGAGAAUUAUGCUAAGAACAGUGUUUAUCAUCCUGGUUGUAAUGAUGGAGUAAAGUGUGUUUCGGCUGAAAUUGACGAAGCGGUUGAAGUUGCUAAGAAAGUUGAUUAUGUUGUGUUGGUUAUGGGAUUGGAUCAAACUCAAGAAAGGGAAUCUUAUGAUAGAGAUCAUUUAGAGUUGCCUGGUAAACAACAGGAGCUUAUUAAAAGUGUUGCUAAAGCUUCUAAAAAACCUGUUAUUUUGGUGGUUUUGUGUGGUGGACCUGUUGAUAUAACUUCUGCUAAGUUUGAUGACAAAGUUGGAGGGAUUUUGUGGGCUGGUUAUCCUGGUGAACUUGGUGGAUUGGCCCUAGCUCAGAUUAUCUUUGGUGACUAUAACCCAGGGGGAAGACUGCCAGUGACAUGGUACCCAAAAGAUUACAUCAAAAUACCAAUGACUGACAUGAGAAUGAGAGCUGAUCCAUCAUCAGGCUAUCCAGGUAGAACCUACCGUUUCUACACAGGUCCAAAGGUCUAUGAAUUUGGCUAUGGCUUAAGCUACUCAAAAUAUUCCUACAAAUUCGUUUCCGUUGCAUACAACAACCUUCACAUCAACCAAUCAUCCACUCAUUCGACACUCGCAAACUACGAAACAAUCCGUUACAAACUUGUUUCCGAUUUAGGCGAAGAAACAUGUCAAACCAUGUCUGUUUCUGUCAGAUUGGGAGUUACAAGCAACGGGAAGAUGGCUGGGAAGCAUCCUGUAUUGCUGUUUGUGAAGCAAAAGAAGGGAAGAAAUGGGAGUCCAAUGAAACAGUUGGUUGGUUUUGAGAGUGUGAAGGUGGAAGGUGGUGGAAGAGGUGAAGUUGGAUUUGAAGUAAGUCCUUGUGAGCAUCUUAGUAGAGCAAAUGAAGAUGGUGUUAAGGUGAUUGAAGAAGGUGAGUAUUUAUUGGUUGUGGGAGAGGAAGAGUACUCAAUAAAUGUAACUGUUUGA